CAAAUCCUUGUUCUUCCUUGGCGGACAUCCUUUCCUUCCUCGGGGCAUCGUUCCGUGCUUUCCUCAACCUUCCCCUCUUCCGUGGCGCGCAGUUUCUCCGCCGCCUCACGGAAAUUCCCCCCGGGGUUCAUAAAUAUUCGCCGCCGCAGCAGGCGGACCCGGUUGUCGUUGUUGUCUCCCAUCAUCAUCCGCCACCGUUGCGGCGUCCCGUUUCCAGGAACUUUCCUUGCGUCAGCCGAGGUCUGCGGCUUGUAGUGUAGUUUCUCGGAAUUUUGUUCGGCGGGUUGGUUAGGAUAAUUGUUGGAGGAUGAAUCGGGCGCAGCAAGGAUGGGAGGGACGGGGACCUAUAAAUGCCCUGCGUUUGUGUUUGAGGAAUCAUAUAGAACCAAACAUUUCAUUUCAGAAUCGUGUGCCUCUCUAUCCUGUAGGGCUGAGGUAAUUCGAGUGAAAUCAGGAUGGUUGUAUUGGAGUCUGUGACUGGGGCACAGGAUUUUGGCCAGUUGCCUCUAGAGCCACCUCUUGCUUCUUCUCUUGUCGAGAUGAAUUGGGGCAAGGUAACUCAACCUGGUGCUGCAAGUGUGCAGUUAGCCGAGCUGCGCUUUAUGGAUAUCGAAACAGCUAGCCUGGGUCGUGGCGUUGGGAGGGAGAAUAUUAUCCUACUGCUUCCGGAGUUACCUUUCGAUGGGAAGGCCGGGCUAGUACCCAAAUUAGCUCUACCAUGGCUGGUGUCGCAAGAUAAGUGCUUUGUUCAAACAUCGCCGAGGAAAUGUUCUGCACUAAGGAGAUGGAGAAGAGUAAGGAGGCAAUCACGCGACAACCCGCUGCAGCUUAACAUCGACUUUUUGGUGCUAGCGACGGGCUAUUCGCUAGGGAUAAUAGGUCCGAAGACAAUUGGGGAUUGUAAUAGGGAAAGGGUUAGAGUGAAGGGUUUCGGUGUUGCAGGAAAAGGGCGCAAGGCGCACCGUAGAGCGAUUAGGGGCAAGAGACAUGGUUCCCUUGUUAAAUCUUGCUUGGUAGCAUCUGAUGCAGGUGAUGCUUUCAGCAGCUACAGGCUGUUGAUGAACUAUGAUGGCGGUUAUAAUAGGAAAAGGGUUAGGGUGAAGGAUUUUGGUGUUGCAGGAAAAGGGCGCAAGGCACACAGAAGAGCUUUUAGGGAGAAGAGACAUGCUUCCUUUGUUGAAUCUUACUUGACAGCAUCUGGUGCAGGUGAUGCUUUCAGCAGCUACAGGCAUAGAACAAUGUUGUUGAACUAUGAUGGGGAUAGAAGUGAGGACCGGCAAAGUGAGGAGGUUCAGUCAGCAUACAGGAGAGACAGUGACAUUGGCGAGGAAAUGGUAAUAAGCGAGGAGCAAAACGAUGAAAAUGAAUGGAGCUGGGUGAAUCAAGAUAAAGAUGGCGAUCCUCUAGCGGAAUCAGUUUCUUCACUUCAUACGACACAACAAGUCCUUGCAAGUGGUAAAAAUUCUUCUCUUUGUUCAGAGAUACAAAAAUUGUCAGAGCUUGGCAAAGAACUUGAGGCAGAGGAAUCCACUUCUGGAAACAAAGACCAAGAUGUGAUCGUUCUGCCAUAUGCACAUGUUGGUAUGUUAGAACUGAAUGAAAAGAUGGAGCACCUCGAGCAGAAACUGAAAGAAGCGUCAAACACCAUCCGAGAGAAAGACUUGAGGCUAUCCAAGCUUCAGGUACUCAUCAGUACCGCGGACAGGCCAACGCUGGAGGAGGAGGAGGCCGCCAGCAUCGACCAGCUGGUGACGGAACUCGAGGACCACCUGCAGGAGAAACUGGAAGCCGAAAUCCAGUGCCUGGUGAUGAUGGAAGCGAGGCAGAACUGGCAGGUCCGGACGGAGGACCGCGCCGCCCUGGAGGAGCACAGGGCGUCCGCCGGGGACAACAGCAGCAGCAGCGCGAGGAUGCUGCGCAAGCUACGGGAGACGGAGAGCAAGAUCGUGACGCUGAAGGAGCAGGUGGACAGGCUGGAGGUCCACGAGAAGGAGCUCUACCGGGCGACCGAGGCCCUGAGGAUGCAGAGCAGGACCUUCAAGGUGUCCCUGUUCGGCCUCGUCCAGCUCAUAAUGCUGUGCCUCUCCCUGAAGGUGUUCUUCGCCUGGGUGCCCGCUCCGUUCGACGAGGUCGUGCCAACAUGAUUCGGGUUCAGCAGUGUUCUCUACUUCUCUUCAGCCUGUGUGAUGAUAUCUUAACGUCUCACCUCUUACGGCAGUCAGUAGGUGCUAGGUGGUAGAGGUUCGUUACACUGAAGUGCUGCAGGUUGUGGUGAUGUACAUCAGAAACUAAACUACGCGUGUUCUGUAAGAUAGUACUAGGUCUGUGCCUAAAUUGGGUGAUUGACUAGUCGGGUGACUGACGGUUAGCAGCUAGCCAGCUACUGAAAGGUGCCAGCUUCAGUUCGUCUCGAGCUCUACUUGUGUUUGAUAAAUGAAACGCUUGGUUAA